AUGGAUCUCGAAUCUUCCUCGUCCAGUAUUGAUCAUCAAUCCAAUCUAAAUAAUACAUCAAGCAUUUCCCACGAAGAAUCAUCAAAUUCACAUUUAUCUCCAGCAAAUAUUAUUGGAACGCAUCCAAACGAAAUCAUAACGAGUGUCAAUCCUGAUAAUGGCUAUCCUGUACGUCAAGAAAAUGGCCAGCGAAAAACAGGUCCACCACCUGACUGGCCAACAACUCGUCAUCCACCUGGACGCGGCUGUGAAGUAUUUGUAGGUAAACUUCCACGUGAUUGUUUCGAAUCGGAAUUAUUUCCACUCUUUGAACGUUGUGGACAAAUCUAUGAAAUGCGUUUGAUGAUGGAUUUUUCUGGUUGUAAUCGUGGCUAUGCAUUUAUAACGUAUACCAAUCGUGACGAUGCAAAACGUUGUGUCAAAGAGUUGAAUAACUAUGAAAUACGUUCGAAUCAUUUGAUUGGCGUUUGUCAAUCAGUUGAUAAUUGUCGACUUUUCGUUGGUGGAAUACCGAAAACUAAGAAACGCGAAGAGAUACUCGAAGAAAUGUGUAAAGUAACCGAAGGUGUUGUGGAUGUGAUUGUUUAUCCAAGUGCAAAUGAUAAAACAAAAAAUCGGGGCUUUGCUUUCGUCGAAUAUGAAAGUCAUCGAUCGGCAGCAAUGGCACGAAGAAAAUUGUUGCCUGGAAAUAUUCAAUUGUGGGGACAACAAAUUGCAGUUGAUUGGGCUGAACCAGAGAAUCAAGUUGAUGAAGAUGUUAUGGCCAAUGUUCGAGUUUUAUAUGUCAGAAAUCUGAUGAUGAGCACAACAGAAGAACAAAUCAAGGAAGUUUUCGAACGAUUUAAACCAAAUUCAAUCGAACGUGUGAAGAAAUUGAAGGAUUAUGCAUUUGUUCACUUUAAACAACGUGACGAUGCAUUGCACGCUAUGAAUCUGAUGAACGGUUGUGAAUUGGAUGGAUCAAUCGUCGAAGUUACAUUAGCAAAACCAGUUGAUAAAAAUCAAUAUUUUCGAUUUACACGUGGCGUUAGUCCAUCCGCAUUAGCCGGAAAUGUACCUUUUGCAAUACCAGCAGGCGCUCUUGGUCCAGCCACUGCAUUUGAUUUGACUGCUAUUCCAUACUUAACAAUUCCAACAGCAAAUCCUACUCAUAUUCCAAUGACUAAUGGCACAACAGUCAUACCAGUUGCUGUCAAUCCUCUUCAACAGAAAAAUGUCCGUCGAUGUGUCAAUGCAACUGGGCGUCUAUCUACUAACGGUAAUACCAGUCCACCAUUAUUAAACCGUACCACACCAACAGGUAUUCUUUCGUCAUCGUCUCGUCCAAGUCAACCAUCACCAAAUAUCGUUCACCAUCGUGGUGCCUAUUACACAAUUCUGCGUCCAACAUCGCGUCGUACUGAUGAAAAAUGUCUUGAAGAUCUUUAUAAAGAGACCGAUGCUGCGCUGUACAGCUCACCUGCUAAUACUGUCGCUCCAUCGAUAAUGAUGAUCGAUCCCAAUCCGCCUCAGUUCAUUUUACCAGAACAACAAACUCAUCUGCAGCAGACAGAAGAGAUACCAUUGGCUCCCACCGCAUUUGGUUUUCCUCCUGGUACACCGUUGUUUCAACCAACAGCUAUCUUUCCACAUCCACUUCUUGCUGGACAUCCAGCAGGUGCUCAACCAUUUCCUCAACAAUCAUUAGUAUUUACAACAACAGAUAAUAACGGACAAACUCAGCAAUUUUUCCAUGCUCAUCCGCAACCAAAUUUCGCUUUUCCUUUCUUUUUAACGCCGCAAUUAACAGCAACGCCACAAACACCAUCAGCAACAAACAAUCCCGAACCAUCCGUAUUCAGUUAUGCAACACCAACAGUAACAACAACUGCGACGGAUACUAGUUCAUAUACCGCUUGA